AUGUCGCACCGUAAGUUCGAGGCUCCUCGUCAUGGCUCUCUGGCCUACCUGCCCCGCAAGAGGGCUGCCAGGCAUCGUGGCAAGGUCAAGUCCUUCCCCAAGGACGACUCCAAGAAGCCCGUCCACCUGACGGCCACCAUGGGCUACAAGGCUGGUAUGACCACCAUUGUCCGCGACCUCGACCGACCUGGCGCGAAGUCCCACAAGAAGGAAGUUGUUGAGGCCGUCACCAUCGUUGACACGCCACCUAUGAUCGUUGUUGGUCUGGUUGGAUACAUCGAAACCCCCCGUGGCCUGCGAUCCCUCACUACCGUCUGGGCUGAGCACUUGAGCGACGAGAUCAAGCGCCGAUUCUACAAGAACUGGUACAAGAGCAAGAAGAAGGCCUUCACCAAGUACGCCAAGAAGCACUCCGACAACGCCUCCUCCUUCACCCGCGAGCUCGAGCGCAUCAAGAAGUACUGCUCCGUCGUCCGUGUCCUGGCCCACACCCAGAUCCGCAAGACCCCCCUCAAGCAGAAGAAGGCCCACCUCAUGGAGAUCCAGAUCAACGGUGGCUCCAUCGCCGACAAGGUCGAGUUCGGUCACGGUCUGUUCGAGAAGCCCGUCUCCGUCGACUCCAUCUUCGAGCAGGACGAGAUGAUCGACGUGAUCGCUGUCACCAAGGGUCACGGCUUCAACGGUGUCACUGCCCGUUGGGGUACCAAGAAGCUGCCGCGUAAGACACACAAGGGUCUCCGUAAGGUCGCUUGUAUCGGUGCCUGGCACCCGUCCCACGUCCAAUGGACUGUUGGCCGUGCUGGUCAGAUGGGUUACCACCACCGUACCUCGGUCAACCACAAGGUCUACCGCAUUGGCAAGGGCGACGCCGAUGACAACGCCGCUACCGAGGUUGAUGUCACCAAGAAGACCAUCACUCCUCUGGGUGGCUUCGUCCGCUACGGUGAGGUCAAGAACGACUUCGUCAUGGUCAAGGGCUCUAUCCCCGGUGUGAAGAAGCGUGUCAUGACCCUCCGCAAGUCCAUGUUCACCCACACCUCGAGGAAGGCUCUGGAGAAGGUCGAGCUCAAGUGGAUCGACACAUCGUCCGAGUUCGGUCACGGUGCUUUCCAGACCCCCGCCGAGAAGAAGCAGUACCAGGGUCUCCUCAAGAAGGACGUCGGUUCCGCUUAG